CAUUAUUCUCCGCAUAUAAGUAUCAAUCAAUCUGUUGUGGUUGUCUAUUUCAAAUCAGUUCUCAUUCAUUUUCAGACCAACUUAAGAAAAAUUAAAAAAUGGCGACAGAUGUUCUCAGCUUCAGGGACGAUAGUAGUCAGGAGGAUUGGCAUGACUUUGAGGUUCUAGGCCGUGGGGACGAGCCCAAGAUUCUGAUCAAGAAGACAAGUAUGCACUCCGACUCCGAGAGACAAAUCUCUGUUGAUCCUAAAUCUCUAUUGUCAAGGAACGGGAGCUUGGACAUGAUAUCCUCAAGGCCUAAAGACAUCGACGACGUGGCAUUGUCUCAGCCGUUGGAUCAUCAAGAUAAGACUAAGUUCAUGAGUUGCAGCCUCCCAAACUCAGUAGCCAUGUCACCUAGACAUAGCACUAGUCAUAACUGGAAGGACAGGACCACGGAACAAGUUCUUGACCUAAUGCUCGUCCAAGAUGCAGCCGCUGCGUUUCGAAGAAGCAAAUCUUGCGGUGAAGGAUGUGCUUGCCAGCCACCGCUCGAUGUCGACAUGAUGGUGCACAAAUCAAGAAAUGGACAUCAUCAUCACCAUGACUUCUCUUCCUCCAACGCCAAGACUCUCUCUCAGAAGAGUAGCGGAAACAACUCUUUCUUCUCAAAAACAGAUUCUAACAAAAGCAAUAUCAAUACCGCUAACGCGAAAAGCAUCAACACGUUGGAAGACAGGUUCAAAUGCAGCGCUUUGUGUCUCUACCUACCAGGUUUUAGCAAAGGUAAACCCAUCAGAUCAUCUCGUAAAGGUGACUCCUCGUACACUAGAACCACCACGAUGACUUCUACUCAAUCCAUGGCAAGAACCGUUUCCAUUAGAGACACUACGGUGCUGUCCGCUCGAGCCUCACUAGAGCGGUUCGAGUGCGGUUCAUGGACGUCUUCGGCUAUGAUUUACGAGGACAGUGCUGAUCUCGGUGGACAUUUUUUUGACUUGCCUUCUGAACUAAUUAAAGGUGGUCCAGGCGGUAAUGAUCAAGAUGAUCCUGUUUCUGCGGCUUUCUUGUUCGACAAGGGACCUAAUUUAGAGAAAGAGAUCAAAGGGGUUUUGAAGACUUCUGGUUCGAAAUCAAGAAGAUCUAUGGAGUCGCCACGACACGUUAGGUUCUCGACCUCGUCGCCGGUUUCUUAUCCGACGUCUCCGACACAUGCAAUCACGCCACGGUUGCUACAAGCCACCGGGGGUUUUAGUGGUUUCAUGGAAGCUCAAACCGUAUGAAUAAUAAAUGGAGAAUUUUUAACAAUUUAUUUAUUUAUGUUAAUAAACCACUGAAGUUAAUCAAAUUAUUAACAUUUCGAGUUAAUUUUAUACGUUUUGUACUGUAAAGAAACGAAUAAACCCGGAAAAGUGAAAAGAUUUGUUAGUAUUUUAUUUUUUUUUUAUCUGUGGGAUUGAUAAUUUCUAAAUAAAAGCAUCAUUAAUUACUUACAUAACUACAAUUCAACAAAUAAUAAAAUAAAAUCUAUAGUAUUAUUGCUCAUGUAAUAUUAGUUUGUUAAUAAAUUUUACAUAAAUUUUUCAAAGUCAUCUAAUUUGGAACAAAAAAUUUCUUCUUAAACGUCAAUUAUUAAAAAUGGAGGAAAAUCAAACUUAAUAUAUAUUUUGCUGGAUUUUCAUAUAAUUUUUUCUUAAACAUCAUUUCACUUUUUUCACUCAUGCAUUUCAAAAAUUAAAAUAAAAAUGUUCAAAAAUAAAAUAAUUAUAUGUAUUAGUAUACUUUUAUCUUUCCAUUUUUUUAAAUACUGUAUUUUAAAAAUAAAAUAAAAAUAUAUUAGAAAUACUCAAAUCACAUUUCCUUUGUUAGUCAUGGACUAAAAUUCAUGAAUCACCAGUGUAAACGAUAAAAUUUAUAAUGUAAUUAUUUAUGAUCAAAGAUUGCCUGUUUUUAUGAUUUAUCCUACUUACGGCAAAAGGCUGGGCUUCCAAACACCAAAAAUAUAAGGGGAAAUUCCUUAAAAAUACACAGACUAAUUUUUAUUUGCUAAUAAAAUACACAAACUAUUUUGGCUCCCCGUUUAAUACAUAAACUAAUUUUCGUUGCCUAUUAAAUACAUAAACUUUCGAAAUUCACAGGUUUUACACAUAGUUUUAGACGGCGUUAUCUAUAUUUAACGGAGGCGAAGACGACGUUAGUUUUUAAUUAAACAUGUG